AGCUAGCAAGUAGCAAUGGAGAACCAAAGCAGCCAAAGAAACCUCGAUCCUCUGCAUAAUCAUGGCAUUCGUAUCACAACCCCUCAAGGCCCAGCUCCACCCAAAAUCCAUCGCUCUGAUUUUCCUAAAGAUUUUAUCUUUGGUUCUGCAACAUCGGCUUAUCAGGUUGAAGGUGCCUGGAAUGAAGAUGGUAAAGGCGAGAGUAAUUGGGAUCGUUUCACAUCCGAUAAUCCUGAAAAAAUUCAAGAUCAAGGCAAUGGACGUUUGGCUAUUAAUCACUACCAUCAGUGGAAGGAAGAUGUUGCUUUGAUAAAGAAAGUGGGUUUUGAUUCUUAUAGAUUUUCAAUUGCUUGGACAAGAAUACUACCGGGAGGAAGAUUAAGUGCUGGCGUAAACAGAGAAGGAGUUAAUUACUAUAAUAGUCUUAUAAACUUGCUCGUGGCUGAAGGCAUUACACCUUGUGCAACUAUCUUUCACUGGGAUGUUCCCCAAUGUUUGGAAGAGGAGUAUGGUGGCUUUUUAAGCCCUCAGAUUGUGGAAGAUUUUUCCGAUUUUGCCGAGAUUUGCUUCUGGGAAUUCGGUGAUCGUGUGAAACUUUGGAUCACAUUGAAUGAGCCAUGGAGCUUUGCUGUUUCCGGAUACGCGUUAGGUAUUUUUGCACCUGGCCGGGGUCCAACACAAGAUGAGAACGUAACAAUAGCUGUCCAUCGUCAUAGAUGUAAUGUUCAGGAUACAAAUAUUUGCGGCGAGGGAAAUCCAGGCACGGAACCGUAUAUUGUCGCACAUCAUUUGAUCCUUGCACAUGCAGUAGCAGUUGAUAUAUACAGGAAAAUCUUUCAGAAACUUCAAGGGGGCAAGAUUGGGGUCACAAAUGUCACAGCAUGGUAUGAGCCAUUCAAUAACACAACAGCUGAUAAAGAGGCUGCUUCAAGGGCAGUUGAUUUUGCGUUGGGAUGGUUUGUAGCACCCGUGGUUACUGGUGAUUAUCCACCAGUUAUGAGACGAUUACUAAGAGACCGCCUUCCCAAAUUUACACAAGAACAGGUUACUUUGGUGAAGGGAUCCUAUGACUUUUUAGGAAUAAACUACUACACUACUCAUUAUGCAACAAAUGCACCUAAGGCACCUGGUGCAAAACCAAGUUACAAUAAUGAUCACGAGGUUCAAACAUCAACUGCACGCAAUGGGAUGCCGAUAGGUGAACAGGCUGGUUCUAGUUGGUUGUACAUUGUUCCAGAAGGGCUUUACAAGCUCUUGGUUCAUUUGAAAGAAAGAUACAAUAAUCCCAAUAUUUACAUCACAGAGAAUGGAGUGGAUGAAUUGAACAAUAGAACAACAGUUGCACAAGCCCGGUUUGACGAUAUGAGGGUUAGAUCUCACCAUGACCACCUUCUCCAAAUUAAGAAAGCAUUGGACCAUGGUGUUCGUGUGAAGGCUUAUUACUUAUGGUCAAUGUUCGACAAUUUUGAAUGGGCCGAUGGAUACACGGUUAGAUUUGGUAUUAUUCAUGUAGAUUUUGAGAAUAAUCAGUUGAAAAGGUUCCCGAAAAGCUCUGCUUUAUGGUGGAUGGAAUUCUUGAACGUGAUGAAGGUAAAGAAGCAGAUCAAGAAGAAGAAGAAGCACAAGUUCCUUUUGUUCUGAAAUGUUAUGUUGAAUAAUGCAAGAAUAGAUGGAUGCGUGCGUGCAACAGUCCCUUUUGUUCGCUUGCAGCUUGAUGUGGGGAUCGAAAGCUCGGUUUCUGCAAACGAAAGAUUUUGAGUGUGUUCCAGUGUCUAUGGUUUGUGGAAUAAUGCAUGUUUGGAUGCGUUGUGUUUGUAUAUAAAUGUGUGUGCGAAUACUAUUGUAAUUGAUGUAAUGAGUUUAGGUUGUGAAA